AUGAAACUUCCUUAUGAAUAUGCAGUAAAAUCAUUUAAAUAAAUACGAAAAUAAACUGAAAAAGAAAUAAGCUCAAUUUUAAACACAAUAAUACAGCUUAAAAAAGAAGAAACAUUUAAAAAAGAAGUCGUUUAAUAACAAAUAUAAUCACUUUUAAAAAGAUUAAAUUUAUUAAAGGAAUAACUAUAUCAUGAUUAUAAAAAUUAAACAAGUAUUUAUUAAAAUUGUAACCAGAGAAUAGAAAAUUUAAAUAAAUUAAAAGAAGAAAAUUUAGAUUCAUAAUAUUUAUAUCAUAAGGAACGUACUAAAAGAUUAAUAAUAGAAUAAUUAACAAGAGAUGGAAACAUAUAAAUAGCUAAAAAGUUAUGCUAAAAUUAUAAAUUAGAAGAUUCAUUAUACAUUGAAAUUAAUUAAAUCUAAAAUAAUAACAUAAUAAUUUAAAGCUUACAAAAUUAAAAUAUAGAAUAUGCUUUUUUAUGGUGUUAAUAACAAUAAUCUAAAUUAAACAAAAUAUAAAAUGAUUUUUAGUUUAAAUUAAUUUAACAACAAUAUAUAUAGCUUUUAUAAAAAAACGAAAUAUCUAAAGCUCGAAUUUAUUUUUAAAAAUAUUCCCUUAAGUAUAAAAAUACUCAUAUGAAAGAAAUAUAAAAACUCUUCAUGUGUAUUCUUUUGUUAAAAAAUAUUCAUAAAUAUCCCCAAUAUUCCUAUUAUUUUGAUAACUAUAGAUGGAAUGAUAUAAUUAAUUAAUUUAAAUAACUAGAUUUUAAAUUAAACUCUAUUACAUCUAAUUCCUAAUUAAAAGUUUCUUUACAAGCUGGUCUUUCUACUUUAAAAACUAUUAAUUGUUGUAAUCCUAAAUAUUAAUGUCCUGAUAAAUGUCCUAUAUGUACUCCUAAUAUUUAGAAACUUUGUGAAAAUGUACCGAGUACUCAUAAAAGCUUUUCAACUUUGAUUUGUAGAAUUACAAAUGAAGUUAUGAAUGAAAAUAACUAUCCAAUGGUUUUGAAUAAUAAUUAAGUCAUUAGUUAAAAAAAUAAUAUAUACAUUUAUAUAUAUGUGUUUAUAUAUGAGAUUUUAUCUUUUUUUGGUUUUUUGUAAAAUAUAUAGGGUAUUUAAUAAAUGAUUGAUUAAAAUAAUAUUAUAUGUCCUCUUACUCAUAAAUAAGUUAAUUGGAAAGAAUCUAAGAAAAUAUAUUUGUCUUGA